AUGGAGACGUAUCACGGUCAUGUCCGCACCCCUGCGGACGCUAUCAUCCUCUUUGAGGCCUGUCGCAUCGGCCUCCUCCCUCGCGUCCAGCGACGAUUGUCCGAAAAGGAACGCCAGAUGAUCCGUUCCGGCUCGGUCUUUGUGUGGGAUGAGCGAGAAGCGGGGAUGCGCCGUUGGACGGAUGGCAAGUCGUGGAGCGCCAGUCGAGUGUCGGGCAGUUUCCUCACUUAUCGCGAGAUGGAAGGCAAGCGCGGGGGCACCAGUGUCUCCUCAACAACCAUUCCUCGAGCUGGAAAGACACCCGAAAGCACGCGAGGCAGCGACGACGAUCGGGCGGACGGGCCUGAUGAGGGCCCCGAUGGAUAUCGAUAUAAGCCUGACGGCCUCAUGAAGCAGUCUUUCAGUAUCACAACCUCGACGGGACAACACCUGCACCUUAUCAGCUACUACUCCAGAUCGCAUCCAUCGGCAGCCAACCUCCAACAACCGUCAUCAGAUCCUAAUUUGCGUCACGUUCGUCCGCAGAAGGGUCUGUACCCCGAAUCGACGGUGAACGACCAGCAGAAUCUUCCAGUCGUGACUCGCGGGCCUAUGCAGGGAGCCGCCUACCCGGUGCCUCCCCAUCCCAUGGGAGCGUAUGCGCGCUCAGCAGCCACCCACCCGCAACCCUAUACUCCCACCUACGCAUGGCCUCCAACUCCGUUGGCCACUCCGCCAACGGUCCCGGUGCAUUAUCCGGGAUACCUCCCUCCCGUCCCCACGAGCAAUGGCCAGGUCGCCGCCGCCUAUGGGCACCACCCUCAACAAGCGCAUGCGGGCCUGCCCCCACCGCCACCGCAACAACACGGGUUGCCGACACCUUACGAGCGAGCAGUUCAUCCGGCGGAAGCUGUUAUGCCUCCAGCCGUCCCCCAUGCAACGGUGCAGCAUGCUCCUCUACCCGUGAUCGCCGGCCGGUCACCGCGACUGGUUACGGAAGCGCAUGAGCUUCACCCGCGGAGUCCUCCAGAGUACGGGCCGGCCCCUGCUGACCUCCGACGGGCGUCGCCACGCACCCAUGCCCACUCCAUUCCGCACACCAAUGGUUUGACCGCCAUGACACGGAGUCCGCGCCUAUUAAGCCAGCCUCCUGCCCCUCCUCCCCCAGACGUAGCGGCCAAACUCGCCGAAACCAGCCCCGGUGCGACGGUACCCAGCAUUGGAUCUCUGAUGAACGGAGGCCCGCCGCGCGGCUCUCUGCCAUCCAUUGCGGUACCUCCCCCAGCCAACGGACGCGCCGAAGGCCCGCGAGACAUCCCCAGCGACAAGGUCGGGUUUGGUGGCGAGGAUAUGCGCGCUCUCCGACAACUCGACCGAGUGUUUACUGCAUAA